UGCUCCAUCCCCCAUCUCUCUGUCUCUUGAUCGAUCGACCUUCUUUACAUGGUUUCCGUGCAGUAGAUAUAUAUUUUGCAUUUUCAACAUCAUCUCGAUCGACCUGGAGAGAAAAAUUCAAACAUGGCAGAAGAGGUUGUGACGUACAAAUCGAGAACCACUGUUUAUGUGCUAGCAUGUUGGAUCCUCGCAGCCUUUGGAGGCCUGAUGUUCGGCUAUGACAUUGGCAUUUCAGGUGGGGUGUCGGCCAUGGAUGAUUUCUUGAUCAAAUUCUUCCCAAAAGUUCAUGAGAGGAAACUCCACGCCAAGGAAGACAACUACUGCAAGUACGACGAUCAGCUACUUCAGCUUUUCACCUCCUCCUUGUACCUGGCCGCCCUUGUUGCAAGCUUCGGAGCAUCGAAGGCCUGCACCGUGCUUGGCCGGAAACCCACGAUUCUAGUGGCCUCAACGUUUUUCUUGGCCGGAGCCGGUCUCAGCGCCGGAGCUGAAUUUAAAUGGAUGUUGAUCCUUGGAAGGAUUCUCUUUGGCAUUGGAGUUGGUUUUGGCAACGAGGCCGUUCCGGUGUUCUUAUCGGAGAUUGCACCGGUCCAACUGAGAGGGGCAGUGAACAUUCUCUUCCAACUCUUCGUAACCAUUGGGAUUUUCAUAGCCAACCUUGUGAACUAUCGGACUUCAGAGAUGCACCCAAAUGGAUGGAGGGUGUCACUAGGCCUGGCUGCCAUCCCGGGAUUCGUCCUAUUCUGCGGCUCGAUGAUCCUGACAGAAACUCCGGCCAGCCUGGUCGAGCGAGGGAACGAAGCCCGAGGCAAGGCGGCGCUGAAGAAGAUCCGGGGUGUCGAACAAGUCGAUGCGGAAUUUGAAGAGAUCAAGAACGCGUGCGAGAUUGCAAAGCAAGUCAAGCAGCCGUUCAAGAAGCUGAUGAAGCGAUCCAGCAGGCCCCCUCUGAUCAUCGGCAUCAUGAUGCAAGUAUUCCAGCAGUGUACAGGGAUCAAUGCCAUCAUGUUCUAUGCCCCUGUUUUGUUCCAAACCAUGGGGUUCAAGAACAAUGCCUCUCUGUUAUCCGCAGUUAUAACUGGAAUUGUGAAUGUGGCCAGCACUUUUGUUUCCAUCUUUGCUGUCGAUAAGAUUGGGCGGAGGAAGCUGCUUCUCCAGGCCUGCGUCCAGAUGUUCAUCGCUCAGGCAAGUAUCGGUGCCAUCCUGCUGGUUCAUUUGAAAACCACCGGCUCGCUUGACAAAGGGCUGGCGGCGUUGGUGGUGGUGCUGGUGUGCGUAUUCGUCAUGAGCUUCGCCUGGUCAUGGGGGCCUCUCGGUUGGCUCAUACCGAGCGAGACGUUCCCCCUCGAGACACGAACCGCCGGCUUUGCCUUCGCCGUGAGCUCCAACAUGCUCUUCACUUUCCUCAUAGCUCAAGCCUUCUUGUCAAUGCUCUGCCAUAUGAAAGCCUACAUAUUCUUCUUCUUCUCGGCUUGGAUUCUGGCCAUGGGAAUUUUUGUGGUCUUCCUGCUGCCGGAGACCAAGGGCGUCCCCAUCGACUCCAUUGCCGAGAGGGUGUGGAAGCAGCAUCCGGUGUGGAAAAAGUUCAUGGACGAUGACAGUCCAAAGGUCUAUGAGAUGGCAGCCUAAUUGCAGCGAAAAAGGUUGUUCGAACUUGUUUAUAUAUGUUACCCCUAUUGAGCUAUACAGUUUUUGGUGCUUGCAAGUCCCCAUAUUUUCCCCCUUGAUGUAUACAGCUCUUGCUGCUUCCAUGAAAUCGAUGUUGAUGGUGCUGUACUUACAAGCAAGUA